UAUAAUAAACUUUAAUAAAUUAUUUAAUGGCUUUAAAAUUUACGUUUAAUAAAUAUUAUUUAUAUUAACUUUGAAGAAGGAUGACUGUAGCGCCAGAAAGAAAACACCGUUGGUACUUUGGUGGUCUUUCAAGUGCAAUGGCUGCUUGCUUUACACAUCCUUUGGAUCUGCUAAAGGUUCACUUACAAACGAAUGAGAAAAAAUUGAGUCUUAGAAGUCAAACAAUGCAAGUUUUUAAGGAGUCCGGUAUAUUUGGUUUCUAUAAUGGAAUAUCAGCAUCGUUAAUGCGGCAAUUAACUUAUUCUACAGCCAGACUUGGUAUUUAUGAAGUUGGAAAAGAGUAUGUAAAUUCUGAUAGUUUUAGUUCAAAAAUUUUACUAGCAUUUAUGGGUGGUGCCUGCGCUGGCUUUAUUGGCGUACCCUCGGAUGUUGUAAAUGUACGGAUGCAAAAUGAUAUGAAAUUACCAAAGGACCAGCGUCGAAAUUACAAAAAUGUCUUCGAUGGUUUUAUACGUAUACAUAGAGAAGAAGGAUUUAAAAGUCUCUUUGCUGGCAGUUCAUUGGCGACACUUAGAUCAAUAAUAGUAACAGUGGCAUCCAUGCCUGUUUACGAUCACAUGAAAUUAUUAUUAAAAAAACAUACAACCAUGCGAGAAGGACUCGUAUUACAUUGCAUUUGUUCAAUAGUUACGGCAGUUAGUGUGACAACAAUGACUCAACCUAUUGACGUAUUAAAAACACGAGCCAUGAGUGCGAAACCAGGUGAAUAUAAGGGUGUUAUGAAUCUCAUAAAACAAGCAUUAGCAACAGGGCCAACAACAUUUUUUAAAGGUUAUGUUCCCUCGUUUUCGCGCAUUGCUCCACAAACAAUUAUAAUGUUCAUGUUUUAUGAGCAAUUGCGAAUCAAUUUCGGUUGGAUUCCUCCACCGCCGGCUUCAAAAGUUGACAAAGUAUGAUAAUAUAAAUUUGGCAUCUAAAAAAUGAAGAGAAUUAUUGAUAUUCUGAUAUAUAUAU